AUGGCGUCAGCCACAGAGAACUCGUCUGACGUCCCCAAGGAUUCCGACGAACCCAAGCCCAAUAGUCCUGAGCGAGCGGGAUCUCCUAUCGCGACCGAAAAGGUCUCCUUCGACGAUCGAGGCGACCUCACUCUCAGAAUCGGCAGUUUAGAAGAUGGGAGCGCCGACGUGUUCGACUUCGUCGUCUGCUCUAGGGCACUGGCGCGCGCGUCUCCCGUGUUUCGAGCAAUGCUCUUUGGUGGAUUCUCGGAGUCGAAGCCCGAGGGAGAAACCUGGAUCGUGAAGCUUCCCGAAGACCGCCCUGCGCCCUUCUUCAUUCUCCUCAACAUCAUCCAUAGUUGCUUCAGCGCGGUCCCGCAGAAGCUGGAGCUGGAUGAGCUCUACCAGCUCCUUGUUGUCACGAACAAGUAUGACAUGUUGUCGGUCAUAUUCCAGUGGGCGCCAAUAUGGUUCGAACCUCACAAGGACCUCGAUGAGAUCUCGGAAGGGAACGAAAGAUUAUUGUGGAUUGCCUGGGAGCUCGGAGAGGAAAGGACCUUUGGAUUGAAAUGUAAAGAUUUCGUCCUUAGGUCCAAAGUCAACACCGAAGGGCAGAUUGUUGACAAGAUAGGGGUCCCUCUCAACACUUACGAUUGUUACGAAGCCAAUGGCAUAAUAGAUGACAUCACAAAGGCUCGACAGGAUAUUCUGGAUGAAUUGAGUUCACACUUUCACGCCGCCAUUCGGGAAGGGUUAGAAGGCCGAGGAUGCAAAAAAGAACGGCCUCAAGAGCAGCCUGAAUCGCAUUAUGAUGGCUAUCAUGGAUAUAGGCAUCCUCCUCCCAAGAUUCCUGCCCUGUCUGCGACUGAUUGGAAAGCGAUCAAGGACCGGUGCAACGACACUGCCCUGGUUGAAGUAAUGAAAGCUGUCGAACGUCUUGGUCUUGGGAAAUUUGGGGUACCUCAGGAAACUAGAACACGCUUUCUCGGAAACGUCAAUGCCAUUUGGUAUUUGACUUCCAGCCUCCGAUCUAAAAGUCAAGCGGUCCACAAGAGAUGCUCGCCUUUAAAUCAAAUCAUGGAUCGAUUCGAAGGUUCGAGGAGGGAUUUCAAGUUACCAAUUUCGGACAAUAAUCUCAAGUACAUGAGGAACCAGGCCAAGAAGACUGCCAUUGGCGGGGAUAGAUCAGAAGAGACGGGGGAGCCGCAAAAGAAGAGGCCUAGAUUCUGA